GUCAUUUACUUCAAGACAGGUUUUCUUUGCAAUGCACUUUAUCUCUAAUGUACUACAGUAUGGCAUUAUACAGUAAUGGAAGGUGAAAACCUUUGCCUCCAAAAUGUCAACUUAUGACAAAAUAAAACUUUAUGACUUAUGACCUCUUCAUCCUCUUCAUAUCCAUCAGUAAGAGGUUUUAUAAACCCAAGGAGUAUAACCUACCAUGUCAAAUCGAAAGUUGUCAUACCUAAACUUGCAUAUUUUCCAGUGGCAACACAGUCACGUUCUUUUCACCUGCAUUUGUCAUGCAUGACAGAUGUUAGUACUGACAGAUGUUUAUGACCUAUUUGUUUUUCAGAGAGAACAACGAAAGAGAAACAAGAUUUUUUCGUGGUAACCAGUAGGAUGACAUUGCAGGCAUAUGAUAUUAUCACAGAUUUACUCUAUGAAGCAGGCUGGUUGAGGAGUCUUUCCAUUAGACGACAGACAAGAGACAAGGCUACCUUUCCCCUCUGAGCCAUGAGAGCAAAAUUGGAGAUCCUCGCCAUGGUCCUAGGCAUCAUUGGCCUGGCUGGGACCAUAGCCGCCACUGCCCUGCCCAUGUGGAGGGUCUCUGCCUUCAUUGGCGCUAAUAUUAUCGUCAUGGAGGAACUCUGGGAGGGCUUGUGGAUGAACUGCUACAGACAAGCCGACAUCAAGAUGCAAUGCAAGGUCUAUGACUCACUGCUAGAGCUUCCUGCGGAGCUGCAGGCAGCCAGGGGGCUUAUGUGUGUCUCCAUAGUCCUGGUUGUCUUCUCCUUGUUAAUCACAGGAUGCGGGACCAAGAAGAGCAUCUGUUGUAAUGACAAUAUGAAGAGCAAGAACAUCACCCUAGCCUUAGGGGGGUGUUUGUAUCUGCUUUCCUUUUUGACCACACUCAUCCCUGUCAGCUGGGUGGGCCAUACUGUUAUCAGAAAUUUCUAUAACCCAAAUGUGCUGGAUUCUGAGAAGCGAGAACUAGGGGAGGCCCUCUUCGUUGGCUGGACCACUUCUGCUAUUUUGCUGAUCACUGGUAUCAUCUUUCUGUUCAGCUACAGCCAACGGAGAUCGAAGGAGGAAGAGCCCUACGCUGACAUGCAUGUUAUGGUAGCAAGGGAUGUAUCGAGAGCGGACAGUGUGUACCUGAAGAAGUCCCCAUCCAGUCUUCAUAAGCAUCAAGAAUAUGUUUAAACAGCUGUGCUACACUGAACUGUACUGCCUGCGAUGUGCAAACUGGGGAAGGUCACAAGAUGAUGUAAAAAAGUGUCCAAAUUCCCACAAAUAUACACAUUUUCAUCACUGUGACUGUUGGCUUAUACUUAGUGUUCCUGUUGCACAAUACAUUGUUCUAAUCUCUGCUGUUUGUGGUGUUUUUCUGCCCCAAUCCUUCAUAUUUGCAACAAAAUAUAUGGGUAAUAUUUGCUGUACAUAUA